CCAAGAAGGGGGACAUGACACCCUAGUCUCCCUGAUCAGCUCCUCCGCUAGCUCUGAUCACAGACCCCUAAGCUCACCAUCAACAGCCCGCGGGCGGGCAUCGCCCUGGCUCCGCGUUUCCGAUGGGAGGGGAGCUGCGGUACCUACCCGAGCCCUCCCCCAGCUCAUCACCGUCCACUGGAGGCUCUCCGGAAAGAUGAUGCCACUCACUGCCACCCUCAAUCGCUGCCUGGCUACAGUGACCAGGUCAGAGUAAGGCCUGCCUGUAAGGCCCCUGCCUGCAUCAAGGACCUGCCAUUCUGAGAAGCUUCCUGUCACAAAGUCCCCCAGGGGCUUCCUGCCCCAGUACUGCCGGCCCCCAGCAUGCAGGAGCCACCCACAGCGCCGACCACCAGCCAGUCCUCGGUCAGCCAGGGCCAUCUGACCACCCCAGGCCAGGGCUCAAACACAGGACUCCAGUACCCCAAGUCUCCCCCAGCCCCGGGUCAAGCCUCCACAAAGACCAAGGUCCCACCUGUCCGUCGCAUGCGCCGGAUCAUUGCGGAGGACGCCGAGUGGUCGCUGGCCAUUGUGCCCCUCCUCACAGAACUCUGCAUACAGCACAUCGUUAAGAACUUCCAAAACAACCCUAUCCUGAAUCAGCUGCUCCCGGCGCACCAGCAGAAGGUCCUGAGCCACCUGUCCCCGGACCUUCCGCUGACCGUGACGGCCAACCUGAUUGAUGAUGAGAGCUACUGGCGCCGGUGCUGCGCGCAGCGCUGGCCUGUGUGCCACGUGACCAGGUACGGCGGCAGCUGGAAGCGCAUGUUCUUUGAGAGGCACCUAGAGAACUUGCUGAAGCUCUUUAUCCCGGGCACCACGGACCCCAGCGUGAUCCUCAGCCUGGUGCCCCUCUGCAAAAGGUACGUGCGCAGGAUCCAGGUGGAUCAGUUCCUCCCGCCGGUGCAGCUGCCAACUACAUCCCAGCCUGGGGACCAGUCUGACUCCGGCAGCGAGGGAGAAGGAGACGGGCCCACCCAGGACCACUACCAGCUGGGGGACCUGGUGGCCGGCCUAAGCCACCUGGAAGAGCUGGACCUGGCCUAUGGUGUCAAAGACUGUGGUAUGAACUUCGAAUGGAACCUCUUCCUCUUCACCUUCCGCGACUGCCAGUCUCUGGCGGCCACCAUCAAGGCAUGCCACACGCUCAAGAUCUUCAGGCUGACCCGAAGCAAGGUAGGUGAUGAGAAAGCCCGCAUCCUAAUCCGAAGCCUACUGGACCACCCCGCCCUGGAGGAGCUGGACCUGUCAAACAACUUCAUCGGGGACCGCGGAGCGCGAGGGGCCGCCAAGCUGCUGAGCCACAGCCGCCUGCGCAUCCUCAACCUGGCCAACAACCAGGUGCGCGCUCCGGGCGCGCAGGCGCUGGCUCACGCCCUGGAACACAACACCUGCCUCGUUUCCCUCAACCUCCGCCUCAACUGCAUUGAGGAUGAGGGCGGCCAGGCCCUUGCCCACGCCCUGCAGACCAACAAGUGCCUCACCACGUUGCACCUGGGCGGCAACGAGCUCUCCGAGCCCACAGCCACGCUCCUGUCGCAAGUGCUCUCGGUCAACACCACGCUCACCAGCAUCAACCUGUCCUGCAACCACAUCGGGCUGGACGGCGGGAAGCAGCUCCUGGAAGGCAUAUCAGACAACAAGACCCUCCUGGAGUUUGACUUGCGUCUGUCAGAUGUCGCCCAGGAGAGCGAGUACCUCAUCAACCAGGCCCUGCAUGCCAACCGAGAGGCCGCCCGCCAGCGAGUCCUAAAUCCAGGCCACUUCGUGUCAUUCAUCAAUGCCAAGGGCCCCCAGAAUUCUCUCUUCCGAGCCAGCGAGCACAAGCCGAGUGACGUCAUCUUUGCGGCGAACAGUCCCUCCAGAACGGGACCCUGGAGCCCGGCCGGCGGCGAGAUAAACAACAGACGAGGGAGUGGCAGGAGAGAAAACCCCGAGCGGCGGGGCCAGCGCCAAGAAAAAGACGGAACACUUCCACCCUGCGAGGACCGGUGUAGGAGCUGCCUCCUGGUGCCAGCAUGA